AUCUGAAGUUCGCGCGCGGUCAAAGAACAGAUCAUCGAAGCUCCAAGUUAAAAGCAUUUCUGUGUUUUUCAGGCCUUUACAUUUCAACUUUUAGUCUCCCUUCUACAUAUAACACAAGCUAAAAAUGGGAAAUGAAUCGUCGAUUGCCUAUGGAACAAAGCUUUUGAACGAUAUAAAGGCUGAAUGGAAGAAUGUGGAAACGCAGGCCAAAUUGCCAUCUCGAGACGGCCAUUGUGCGGCGGCGAUGGCAAAUAAACUUUACGUUUUCGGAGGAGUUCGCUGGCUUUCCGAUAUCUCCGAAUCAACAGAAUCGAACGAGAUACUCGUUUUCGAUGUUGGUAAGCUGUUGUAACAAUUAAAAUAAUUGUAACUCACGUGAAAAUUGUUGUUUUGAUCUGUGUCUGCAUGACACGGUCGAUUUUAAUCGAUGCAAAUAAGGUAGUCUUUAUAUCCUGUUAUAACCUUUUUUAUGUGCUGAUCAUUUCCUUAUGUGUAGGUAUAUGCAGUAAAAUGCACUAUCCCCCACGGUGUCCCAGAACUGUCACGGCAAAACCAAAAACCUCACGGACAAAAACAAAAUACCUCACGGCAAAACCGAAAACCCCACGGCAAAAACAAAAACCUCACUGCAAAACCGAAAACCCUCACGGCAAAAUCAAAGACUUCACAGCAAAAAGCAAAUACCUCACGGCAAAAGCAAAUACCCACGGCAAAAUCAAAGCUAUUUUGUUUUUGCCGUGAAGUAUUUGGUUUUGCCGUGAGGUAUUUGGUUUUAGCUUAUCAGCGAAAAGUAGAAACCAUGCUAUAGCGACCAACAAUGCAUUUGAAGCAAAUACAUCUUUGCUUUCCUCCCUAGAUUCACAGUCUUUGAGCAAGAUUGUAACUGGUGGUGAGUUGCCAUCAGCCAGGUCUUCUGCUGCAAUGGCAGCUGUUGGAAAGAAACUGUAUGUUUUUGGUGGACUUAGCAGAGACAGUGGAUGGUUUAAUGAUGUGUAUGCUCUUGAUACAGGUGAGCAUUAGUACACUUAAUGUGGCAGGAGACUUAAAAAUUGUUUGAAUUAGUUUUAACAGACUGGCCAAAAAAUAUUAGGGAGAUCAUACAUUAUAGCUUAGACCUUUAAUGUCUGCCUAAGAUAAGAUAAUCUUUAUUUAAACACGCGUCAUCAGUGAGCCUAAAGAAGGCUCGUUACAAAAAUGUACGUGCAUAUGUAAUGUACGUGUAUCAGUCUUUUUCCUCAAACUUCUAAUUCAAUGGAGUUGGGUGAUGCUACUAUUAAGGUCAAGGCCUGUCGCUCUUCCCAUUCCCAGGCAAUUAUUAUUGACCAGGUAAGGAUAAGGAAGGCAAGGCUUAGCAUCAUACAACACUGCAUAGUGACACAGCAUCAUAUGUACUGCAAAGACAAAGGCCUAUUACCACUAGCAUGAUCCUAUAAGGUUGUGGUUAAGGACCCUUGUUGUUGAUCCAGUGACCUUCUGCUAAGUGGACCAUAACAGAGGUGUGCUGUGCUGAGGUCCUACAUGCCACUGUCAUCAAUCACAAACUCAGGUUGUUUCAUGAUAGACUGAUUCAGUUUCUUUUUGUCACCAAAUUAAUUUUGUAAUGAGCCAACUGGUUUGCCUUCUGCCAGUUUUGAUUUGAAGUAAAGAAUAUUGAUUUGAAUAUUGAAUGGGGAACAGACGUUAGACAAUUCUUGCAGCUGAAAAUAUCUAAAUGCAGUGACUUAGUGCUUUAAAUAUGCAUUUUUUUACUUUGACUUUUUCAUCAACAAUCGACUGGUGUAAAUAAAACUAAUUAUUUAUCUAUAUGUAUGUAGGGUUGAGCAGUGCCAGUAUAAUGCUAGUACCCAUGUGACAAAAUGUAAAGGAGUGGAAAUCAAAAAUAGUCAUUCCUCCUUAAAGGUUACAUCGUAAAUCCCUAUGUUUUGCUUUCUUUACUUCAGAAACAAAGCAGUGGGAGAAAGUUGAAUGCAGUGGUGUUCCUCCAUCCCCGCGUGACAAGUUAACAUGUGUUGCAAAAGGAACCAAGAUUUUCUUUUUUGGUGGAUUUGGCCCUUUGGAGGAUGCAGAAACUGAAGAUCAAGAAGGAGCAGCAUUUGGGUGGUUCAAUGAUCUCUUCAGUUUUGAUACUGGUAUGCACGUAAAUUUUGUUACGGUAGGAUAGAUCUUUCCUGGGCACUAAGGCAAGAAUUCCAGAAUAUCAAUGCUGUCACCAGCGGCAGAUCCAGACCUUCAGAUAAGGAGGGGGGGGUUGGGCAGUCAUCCAGACCCUGAGAUAAGGGGGUCAUUCGAGCCUCAGUUUGGUCUAAAAGUAAGGGGGGCCUGGGCCCCUCCCCUGGAUCUGCCAAUGGUUGCUAAGGGCCUGAUGGAUUAUGCCUGGUUAUAAGAAAUGUUAUACCCAGCUUCUUGAAUAAUGAAUAAAUAAUGAAUAGCUGUCAUUGUCAAAUCUUCAGUUGUUUUUUUCCAUAUUUUUCUCACCUACUUCAAACAGAAGGUGAUAUUCCAGACAUGUACAGUUCUUUGCCCCACAGACAGUCUCUAAAAUUUUUGUGGGGUAGAGAUGGGUGCAGAAGGGGAUCAGGUGGAGGUCAGUCUUCAAAGUCGAUUCAAAGGUUUAUCAGUAUUAUUUAAAUGACAAGUCUGCAGCUAUAAAACUGAAUUGACAUUCAAGCAAUAAUAGUUCUUUUGUGAGGAAGUCAAUUCAACUUUUAAUUUGGUCCCUGUUAUUAGUUUGGAGUGGGUGUCUCUUAUUAGAUUUUUACUCUUACGAAUAUUAACAAUAUUUUUCAGAGAACUGUACAUGGGAAAAACUAUCCCCUGCACUUACUGGGUGCCCAACACCUAGAGCAGCUCAUGGAAUGUGUGCUGUUGGAUCCAGAAUUAUUAUCUUUGGAGGCAGAGACAGUGUUGGCAGGAAGAAUGAUCUCUUUAUUUUGGAUACAGGUGAUUGAAAUAAAGUUUUCGAUCAUUAUCAGUUGAUGCACUUGUAAAUUAAGUGAUAUUUGCAUGUCGUUUUAUGUUGUGUGGGGUUUAGUAUACUUAGUAGGCAGUUGAUACGGACCACUUUCAGGCACACCAUGAACACUGGGACAAUCUAAGGCUAGGUAACCUACAUGUGUGUCACAAAAGCAUAGCAGACAUGUUUUGUAAAACUAGGCUGUUGAUCCAUUAAAAAGGGGCCUAGGCAAUCCUGGAACAUUUGGGCACAGUCACCCUGAAAGAAUUUCAGUGGAAAUAACUAAUAAUGUAUGGGUUUGGGUCCAGAAUAUUGUUUUUGCCACCAACCAAGACCUUUUUUUCUUAUCAUAACCUUUAGUGAUGUUUCCUUUAGUUGAAAUUUUUAUUGUAAUAUGGAUUAUUUAAAAUGUAUUUUAGUGUUUUGUUUUUAACAAUGUCAUAUUAUAAAUUCCUGAUGUAAAGUAUUAUUUGUAAAAUGCAGGGCCCCUAUGGAUACCAGCCUUAAAGCUGAUUGGACCACCCUGUUUAAAGAAAUUAAAAUGAAACUACUGGAAUUUCUUUCUAUAUAUCCAAAUUCUUCAAAUUUAGAUUGAAUGGGUUAUUUCAAUAAUAAUUUUCUCUCAACUAACAUUGACCUUUGGAAUUUAAUAAUUUUUAGAAACAAUGGAGUGGAUCCCAACUCCAACCACAGGACGACAACCAGAGCCUCGCUCUUUUCACACAUGCACUGCUGUCGGCAACAGAGUAGUUGUCUUUGGGGGAAGAAGUCCAGACAAUGCACAUUUUAAUGAUUUGCACAUAUUUGAUGUAGGUAUGUAAACACAAUGGUUCAUUUGAAUUUAGAUUUAGAUUUAAGGAUGCUUAAACGAUAUUGGCAUGGUAAGGCCACCACUUGCAGUGAUUUUGUUGCAAAUACUUAUGGUGAGUCCUGGGACUCAUCUUGUGAAAAAUCAUCAGUCCCUGUCCAUACCCAGUUCAAAAAAACAAGGACUCCUAAAUUGAAAAUGCUUGGGCCUUCAUGUAACCAGACAGUUUAUUUGGAGACAGAUGUGAAAACUUUUUAUUACAGUUUACUGAAAUUAAAAUGUAGUCCUUCUAUAUACUAGAAGCACAAAAAAGACUAACAUAAAUAUGCAUCUUUAAAAAACAGCACAGAAAUCACACAAACAGGGUAUACUGCCAAAAAAUCUUCAAAUCCAUUGAUUAUUCUUUGCGUCGUACGGGAUGCAUCCCAUGAAUUAUUUUGUGUCUUUGUAGGGGAUUUUUAUAUCUCAGGGACGCAGGCCGCAGAGGUAACAAAAUCACUGCACUUGAUUGAUACCAGAGAUUGUUGCAUCCCUGGCGGUUCAUUCUUUUUUUUAAAAGCAUCAGACUUGAAAGCUCAGAAAAAAUUCGAGCCUCCAGAUGCAAUUCCAACUCAUAUAGGCAGUGUCACAUUUUUAUCCAAAAUGUCAGAAUUUUCCUUCUUCACAUGCCUGAACUUCGAAAGCUGUAUUUAGAAACCGGAACAAACAACAGCAUAAUGCACUUCUUGUGAAUACCUUUUUUGGUUGUUUUGGGUUUUGCCGGGUUGCCAGAUAGUGACCAGAAAACUGCCAGCCCUAGCUUCAGACAGCAUAUUUUGGCAAAAUAUCCAUUGCCAGUUAGAAAGAUUAUAAAAUAAUAUUUUAUGACACAUUACUGUUUCUGCUUUAGCAACUAGUGAAUGGCUUCAGCCAACAGUAUUGGGAAUAAAACCCCCUGCCAGAGGAGUGCACACAGGUACACUUGUAGGAAACCAGUUUGUGCUCUAUGGUGGUUCUUCUGAUUUUGAUGCCGAGACAAUGCAGUGUCAAGAAUUUUAUGGAGAUGUUCAUCUUAUAGACAAAGGUGAUAAAACAUUUUAAAGAUUAAAAGCCCAAAUGCUAAUUAUUUAAAUUUUCAUCUGUACAUCAGGGAUAGCCAUUGAGAUCUACUCCCCAACAGCUUUAAUGAUUGUUAAACCGUGGGAUGUGAAACCACUUCCAAUUACGUAAAUGCAAGAAACAAAUUUGUAGUCCUUUGUUCAGUAGAAUAAAGAAGUGAACUGUUUUAGCCACUGUUUUACCUUGUGGCUUUCCUUGGGUACCCAUGGUCGCUUUUUUUGCUAAAAAACCCUUGCGCCCAAACAACGGACCAUCAUAUUUGGAUGGUAGAUGCCAUUCAACACCAGUGGGUCUAAAAUACUGGUCACUUUCCACAGGUAAGAGUACAGGUCACCAUGUUUCAGAUAAAAGAUGCAAGCAGUAAAAAUGUCUCCUAGCCCACAUUUCUGAAAGGUGCUUUAGCAAUUCACAAAAUUAAUAUUUAAAUUUAUCAUAAUAAACUUACUAUGGCCAAGUGCACUAGUCAAUUCAAUUACUCUAUGAUCUAUACCUCUAUGCCACCCACAAAUCACUUUGUAAAUAUUUGGAUUUUUUUUGCAGAACAACUUUUGUCUGGGAACUCCCUUGGCCCAGACCCUAAUGAUGUCCCCCCUGUCAUCCCACAAGGUGUCACCAGCCAAGAUGCUAACAUCACAGAAUGUGAAACAAUUGAAGAGGAGGACAGUAGUGAAUAUGAAGAGUCAUCAGAUGAACAACAGUGAUAAAUAACAGUCAUCAUUUUGUUACCGUAGUGUCUCAGAAGUUUGAACACUGUCUCAUAAGUUUUACUAGUGCAAUUUUCUUUAACUUAUAAGUUCAGGAAAAUGAUUCUGUUAAAGAAAGUAGAAAAUUUGGGUCAAGAAAGUAGGCACUAGGUAGAAAAAAAGUAGACAACAACCACCUCACCCCCCCCCCUCUCCUCCAUAAAAAAGUGCCACUGGGGAUCUGAACCUCAUCAGAAAACCUUUACAGAGAAACCUGUAUUAAGCACACACUCACAGGACUCUUGCUAGUCUCCACCUAUACCUUUUAUGUUCCUAUAGUGAUCAACAUGAAAUUUCUCCUUGUAUUAUCAAUGCUUUAUGGAGCAGUGUGGUCAUGAAAAUUAAGGACAUGAUCACACAAGAUGCAUUUGCUUGAUAUUUACCAACUUCUCAACACUACUUCUCUAAGAAAUGAAUAGGGGCAGCUAAUGAGAAUUUACAUUUUGAUCUUGUACAGAAUAUUAUGGAAAGAAGGGACAACUCAGUGAAGGGAUCAGUCGGCUUGGAACUGGGCUCCUUAGUUAGGGACAAAUAGACAUACUCAGUGGGAACUGACAAGGGAAAGUUUUGCCUCCCUUUCCCUCUCAGCUUCCCAUUUCCCCACUCAGCUUGCUUCUUUCACCAAUUUUUUCUUUGCACUGUUCAUCCUGUUAUUUUCCCCUUUUCCCCAUCAAAGAACCUGGUCUCAGGCUACUGUAGGUUAAUAUAGGAUAAUUCCCAAAAGUGACCAACAUCAAUUUUCUCCAAAUCAUAUCCAUAGAUUGUCAAGAGCAAAGUCUAUGAGAAUUAAUAAAAUGAUCACAAAGAAAAAAUCUCUGAUCUUUUAUCAAUUUCUCUCAACUAAUUCUGUGCCCAUCAAACACUUUGCAUACAUAUCCCUCCAACUUCUUUUGUUUGAUAUUUGCUUCGUUGCAAUCUUGGACCAACACGUGAGUCAUUAUGGCUUUGUUUCUAUCUCUUGUCAGUCUUUUUAGAAAUAAUAGUAAUAAUAAUAAUAAUAAUAGUCUUAAAUUGAUUCAUGACAUUCAUGACUACUUUAUACAGGAUGUCCUCUUUAAAUGGGGUUUGCUUAAUAAAGAUUUCCCAUUAAACAGACCACAUGAUGACAGUAUUUUUGAAACCCAUUUCUUGACUUUUAAGGAUCAAUAAAUCAGGGGCACCCAACGAGG